ACAUAUUCCACGUGUCCAAAUCUCCCUUUUCUCUUGUGAGCUUAAUUAAGAAACAAUAGUUUGUUAUUUUUAUACUCUCAUAAUCAUCCCCCAGAUGCUAAGAUACAUCCGAGCAUCACAUGAUCUUAACGUGACCUAAUAACCUAAUUAAUGGCUUGUCUGUUUUUAGACUGCCUAAGCAUGGUGCCUGUGGCUCCGCCGAUGUGGUUUCCAUGACAACUGUGGGAGAGCUCUGUUUUCUUUAGCAUCUCUCCUCCACAACACACUUCUGUUGUGCACAAUGUUGAUCACAUGUCUAAUUACCAUGACGAGAUGUUGGUGGACCCUCCAGAUUUUAGCUGAGAGGAAAUAAUGCUUUUGAUAUUAGACUGCAAAAACAGCAUUAAGAUAAAAUGCUUUAAUCUUCAGUGUGUAUUUCAUUAUGUGUAGGCUAUGGAUGUGAUUUCACUUAUUACAUUUUUUCUGUGGAACGCAAAAGGAAACUUUUGAAAAAUCUUCACGCUAUUCUUUUUCCAUAGAAUGACAGUUUAUAGUGACCACAACUGUCAAGCUCCAAAUAUGUCUAAAAAAAACACCAUAAAAGUAGACCAUAUGACAAUAUAUGCAAGAUAUUCCAAGACUUCUGAAUCCAUAUGAUAGCUUCUGAGUGUUGACAGACCAAAAUUAAAGUCAUUCACUGGAAAUCUAUCCCUCUGCUGCAACUCUCAAAUCUUAUUCUCCAUACUACAUAUUCGAGCUGCUGUGUCAUGUUUGGUUUUGACACAUGAGAACCAAUGCUGUUUUGGCAAUUGCUGUUUUUCAGUGACAGCAAGUCUGGUGCAACGCGUCAAUGUGCCAGUCGAAUGCAAAGAGCUGAGCUUCAGGAAAGGGUAAUAUUUUCAGUGAAUAACUGAUUAAAUUCCGAUCUAUGUCAUACAAAGCUAUAUAUAAACCUGUCAUGUUAUAUAGGACUACAUUAGGAGUAAAAAUUUUCUUGUGAAUGUUCGUUCAGUGUCAAACUAAUUCUACUUUGAAAGGAUAAAGCACUUAACUGUGCACGAGACAAACGGACAUGGAAAAAACAAAAUAUACCCUAGCUUUAAAGCUGAAUCGUGUGUUUUUUUUAAAGGCCAGAGAGAGUUUUGACUUCAAGCAAUCUCUUUACUUGUGCGCUAAUUUAAUUCUGAAGGCAAACUAUCGAUGUUGUUUGUGAAAAUGAGCAUCUGCCUGUGUGUGCUGGUUAGCAGUAAGGAUAAGCCUAUUGAUUUAGUUCUUCAUUUCGCUGGGGCUGAAACACUUCGCAGUGGCUGGCUCACAGAAUAGCUGUCACUGUGAAAUUAUGGAUAGCUGUAAAGGGGGGCAACAGAUCAAUAAUACAGAGACAGCUCGUCUUUAACCUUCUUCGUGCUAUGCCAAAGUCACUAACAAGAACAUAUUCAUUAUCAGCAAACAUGAAAACUUGAAUUAUGUUCUUAUGUCUGCGUUUCUGUGAGUGAUGAAGAGUCACUAACAAGCCAUUGUACAGGAGAAACAUGUGAUGCUGAUUGUAUGCGACAAUGAACAAGUAGGAAAUAUAAACUGAUCAGCCACAACAUUAAAGCCACCCGUCUAAUAUCGUGUAGGUCCCCCUUGUGCCGCCAAAACAGCUCUGACCCGUUGAGGCAUGGACCACAAGACCUCUGAAGGUGUCCUGUGGUAUCUGCCACCAAGAUGUUAGCAGCAGAUCCUUUAAGUCCUGUAAGUUGUGAGGUGGGGCCUCCAUGGACCGGACUUGUUGGUCCAACACAUCCCAUAGAUGCUCAAUCGGACUGAGAUCUGAUGAAUUUGGAGGCCAAGUCAACACCUUGAACUCUUUGUUAUGUUCCACAAACCAUUACUGAACAAUUUUUGCAGUGCGGCAUCAGGGAAUACGAUUGCCAUGAAGGGGUGUAUGUGGUCUGCAACAAUCUUUAGGUAGGUGGUACAUGUUAAAGUAACAUCUACAUGAAUGCCAAGACCCAAGGUUUCCCAGCAGAACAUUGCCCAGAGCAGAGCAUCACACUGCCUCCACCAGCCUGCCUUCUUCCCAUAGUGCAUCCUGCUGCCAUCUCUUCCCCAGGUAAAUGACGCACCCACACCCAGCCAUCCACAUGAUCUAAAAGAAAUCGUGAUUCAUCGGACCAGGCCACCUUCUUCUGUUGCUCCAUGGUCCAGUUCAGAUGCUCAUGUGCCUGUUGUAGAUGCUUUCGGUGGUGGACAGGGGUCAGCAUGGGCACUCUGACCGGUCUGUGGCUACGCAGCCCCAUACUCAACAAGCUGCGAUGCACGGUGUAUUCUGACACCUUUCUAUUAUGGCCAGCAUUAAGUUUUUCAGCAAUUUGUGCUACAGUAGCUCUUCUGUGGGAUCGGACCAGACAGGCUAUCUUUCACUCCCACACGCAUCAGUGAGCCUUGGGUGCCCAUGACCCUGUCGCCAGUUCAGAGGUUGUCGUUCCUUGGACCACUUUUGGUAGGUACUAACCACUGCUUACUGGGAACACCCCACAAGACCUGCCGUUUUGGAGAUGCUCUGACCCAGUCGUCUAGCCAUCACAAUUUGGCGCUUGUCAAAGUCGCUCAGAUCCUUACGCUUGCCCAUUUUUCCUACUUCCAACACAUGAAAUUCAAGAACUGACUGUUCACUUGCUGCCUAAUAUAUCCCACCCUUGACAGGUGCCAUUGCAAUGAGAUAAUAAAUGGUAUUCACUUCACCUGUCAGUGGUUUUAAUGUUGUGGCUGAUCAGUGUUGACGUUAUUUUUAAUUUGCUGACCAGAAAAACUACAACUUUUAGAAAUUAACUUAAAAGUGAAGUGAUUAGUAAUUUAUCAUUAGUACUGAAUUAGUAAAAAUACACUUGAAGUAAUCAGUAAAGUAAUGAUUGCAAUUUCUAGAUAAGUAAUUAGUAACUAGUAGUGUAUUACUUUUUAAGUAACAUACCCAAUACUGGUUAUACUGUAAAACUCCAAUUGCUGCAUUCCAAGUUAUUUCAUGAGAUAAAUUACUUGAAUCUUUGUGAGCAGAAAAUAAUUAUAUCUUAUUACAAAAAAGGCAUAUAUAGAAAUAUAUAUGGCCCUAAAAAAUAAUUGGACACUUAAUUACUUAAGCCAUACCUAAAUGCAUAAAUGUCAUUGCGUAAAAAAAUAGCAUUUCACUAAGUAAUUCCUUUUAUGAUCUCAAGAAUUAGCAUUGUAACUAGUAAAAUUGAACUAUAGAUAUCUAUUAUUCAUAUCCUGCACGUGAUUAAAUGUUGAACGAAAACAUUUUUAGAUUUGUUUUUAUUCUUCUUUAAUUUAUUGAUAUCUGAAAUCCAUUUCCAGAUGUCUGAAAUACCAAAUCAAACAUGUUUAAAAUGAAAUACAUUUACUAAUAUAAAAAAUAAGCAUUUUUACUAGUUGUAAUUGAAUUGUUGAUAACAUACUUCUAGGGUCCACUGUAUAGCAUGCAGUAAGGUUUCAAUUGAACAUGGCUUUGUUGUGGUCCAGUGGCAUGUUUCAUACAUUUACGUUGUGGCCACGCCCCCUCCGUCUAAAACUAUAUAAAGCACGCAGUUGCUCCGCCCCUUGCCAGUCUAGCCGUGAGAUGUGGAGCGUGAUGGACAACUGCGUCUGACACCCAAAGAUCCGGGUGGACCGAGGCGAAUGGACUUAUUUCUCACGCCAUUUACGCAGCGGACUCUUCACUAUUUUGUGUACCGAUCGCGCUCAAAAUGCCUUUUCCACCGAUAAACCUGCACUCACGAAUAACGUCGCCAGGAAAGGAGCUGUUCAGCAAAAAGAAGAGCAGGGACAAUGUCGCGCCUCCGCACUCCACGUUCAGUCAAAGAACAGAGGACGACAAGGCAUCGGAGAAAGAUAAACUUUCCACAUCGUGGCCAUCGAGUCAAUUAAAGCAACCGGCACUAAAUAUGCCGAGGAGAGUCCCUCCAGAUCCCGAGACGGACAGCAAACGUUCUUGGCUGAGCGUUCCCAAACCCUUGGCUACCUCAUGCGAAAGCGUCCCGAGAUCCAGUUCUGGAGAGUCCAGCCAUAAAUAUUCUUCCAGGACCUCUCUAGCAAAAGAAGAAGGUGAGCAGGAGAUCCACUUCUCCCUCAGCUUGACCCCGGAAGCCAUCCUGGUUAUCCAAAAACGCAAUCUGGAGAAACAGAUGAUGGCCAAGCAACAGAAGUGCUGCGCUUCGGCGGACUUGAGACACCGUCGCGUUUUCCCGUCCAAGAGAGCUCAGGGCAGCUCCUCCAAUAAUAAGAGCUCCGGACCGGUUGCCAAACUGGAGGGCUCAAAUGACAUUAGCACCAUUGUGAAGAUCUCCCUCCUCAAUGAUCAGCAUAAAUAUGACGAUGUGGAGUACGAGGAGGAGGAUGGAGACGUGGACGAGACUGUCGUGAGGAAGUGUAAAGAGUGGCUCAAAGGGGUGGAAAGUGCUGCUGCUUUUGGCAAAGUCGAAAAACUGUCCUCUUUGCCUCACCUGAAAAGUUGAUAACCCGAACUACUUCAUCCCACGAGGAAAGGUCCACUGUGAAGACUUUGUCCAGGUGUAUCAAACACAAUAAUGUUAAACAAGGGCGCGUUCAAACAGAACGCGUUCUUGUUAAGUAGCCGCUAGACUGAGCGCAGUGGAAUGAAACAGAACACAGGUCGUCUCGAGACGCGUUUUUAAAACGUGUUUAAAAACGCGGCGCUCAUGGCGCGCAACGCACACAACAGCCAAAAAACAAAACAAAACAAAACAACAAAAAAAAGGCUCAGACAGAACGCAUUUUGUAAAUGGCCCCUAAGGGGGCCUUCCUAUCUCUGUCUCUCUCUCUCUCUCUCUCUAGUCUGUCUGUCUACUCUAUCUGUCUGUCUGUCUACUCUGUCUGUCUGUCUGUCAGUCACCUAUAUAUAAACAGAGUACAGAAGUAUUGAACAGAAAGCGUUUUUUUACUAUUGUAUUUUUUUUUUUACAUGACAUGCCUUAACGCGCCGCUCAUGGAUGCGACACCACGGCCAAAGACGCCCGUCAAACUCCUGCGCAUAUACACAGAUCACCAAUUAAAAAAAUAAAAUACAAAUAAAAAAGUCGCGCAUUCGGAACGCAUCAUGUGAAUGGCCCCUAGGGGGCGCUCAUAUACCCCGAUAGCACACGUACAUCACCCAGACGUUGAUGUGUGUGUUUACAUCUGGAAGACGUAUUUUUUUUAGGUUGUUUGCUCAUCUGCAAUAGGCCUACGUCAAUAAGACGUUUCCUCUCGGAUAUCCAAAUUACAUUCAGCCGAUGUCUUUGAGAUGUUUAUGAUUCAGAAUGUAUGUAAUCUGCUCUUUUUAAGAUGUCUAUCAGAUGCUAAUUAGAAUGCGAUGCUUUCCAGAUGUAACGCAGACAUUUUGGAGAUGUAGGCCCUACAUGUGCUAUUGGACUCGUUCUUGUGUUAAAAAUAGACGGAGCGCAAGAAAUAAAACAGAACGCGUUUUUAACUUGACAUGUCUUAAUAACAACGCUCGUGGACGCGAUGCCUCGGCCAAAAAUCCGUAUAGUUCCUUCGUAUAUAGAUUAACUGUUAAAAACAAUAGCGCAGACGGAACGCAAGAAAGCGACCCGUAAUGGCCCCCAAGUAUGCUUUCAUAUAGGACGUGUUCUUGCCUUCAAAAACAUAAAAAUAUCGGAAACCAAACACGUUUUUGCGUCCAUAUUAGUUUUUUUAAAUGGAUUAUAAAUAAACACAUUUUUUCAGCAUCUCUCAGAAGAACGCCGACUUUUUACACGCCAUGUCAAGUUUACAAGACCAUCAAAUUGUAAAAAUGCGUCAUGAGACACCUGCGUUCUAGCUUGUUUUAGCGAAAGAACGCGUUCGGUCUGAACGGCCCCUUUCUCAGCUUCCUUGGACUGGAAUGUUUUCUGCAUUGAAAAGUAUUGUUGAUGAUCACUCAGAGAAAUUUAGCAGGUUACCUUUAUACUACAUUGACUGAAAAACGUUGAUUUUUUUUGCACAUUGCUAUUGCUUUCACUCUGAUGGGCUAAACGACAGAGAUGUUUUGACGAAUAACUGUUGGAAUAAUAUGGAGAAUUGAUGGGAAAAGGAGGAGAAUGUCGACCAGUGAAAUGCAUCCAGUGGCGAUAGUCCUUCCUUUGUGCCAGAAAACAAUAGCUGUCAAAGACGAUACUGUCUGAGAGCCUUAGAAUAGACACUUAAUAUCUGAAACUUGUUCAAAGUUUGUAAUAUGAACUGAGGAACAUGUUUGAUUGACAAACCAGCCGUGUACAGUAUUUAUUUUGCAAUGUGAAUGUGUGUUUAUAUGCUGUGUGUUGUACCAUGUCCUUUUUAAGGGUUCUGAUAUUAAAAUCUGAA